UUAUUUCUCUAUGACUGGAUCUCAUGAAUUUGUCAAAUCAUCGUACAUCGUAUUUUGUGAAAAUUUUGUGUUCGCUUGUCCUCUUUUGUGCAUAGUGAAUAUUAGCGAUAAAAAUAAAAGCUAGGUAGUAAGCUACAGUGAUUAAGUUUGUAAAACAACUUAAAAAAUAAAAAUGAACAUCACAUCAGCAGCGGGGAUCAUAUCCCUGCUCGAUGAACCGAUGCAUGAAGUUAAGGAAUUUGCACUGAAAAGAUUGGACACCAUUGUCGACGAAUUCUGGCCUGAAAUAUCUGAAUCAAUUGAGAAGAUUGAAAUCUUGCACGAGGAUAAGGUUUUUUCCCAGCAUCAGUUAGCAGCGCUUGUGGCUAGUAAAGUGUACUAUCAUUUAGGAGCGUUUGAGGACUCGCUUACGUAUGCCCUAGGAGCUGGUGAUCUUUUCGAUGUUAACGCUAGGAACGAGUAUGUAGAUACAACGAUUGCAAAAGCGAUCGACUUCUAUACACAGAAGCGUAAAUCGAUUUUCAUUGAUAGUUCAACAGAGACGAUAGAUCCUAGAUUGGAGGCUAUUGUCAAUCGUAUGUUCCAGAGAUGCUUAGAUGAUGGACAGUAUAGACAAGCUCUAGGUUUAGCACUCGAAACCCGAAGAAUGGAUAUAUUUGAACAAUCCAUUAUGAAAUCUGAUGAUAUACCAGGAAUGCUACAGUACGCUUUUCAAGUGGCUAUGAGCCUUCUGCAGAACCGAGGUUUCCGUAGUACAGUUCUUAGAUCUUUAGUAGGACUUUACAGGGGCCUGAAUAUCCCUGACUAUGUAAAUAUGUGCCAAUGUUUAAUCUUUUUAGAAGAUCCUCUUUCUGUUGCUGAAAUUCUGGACAAAUUGACCCAUGGCCCUCAAGAAUCAGUUCUGAUGGCAUAUCAAAUUGCUUUUGACCUAUAUGACUCAGCUACACAACAGUUUUUAGGAAGAGUACUGCAAGCUCUCAGGGUCACGGCACCAAUACCAAGCGCUCUUGGUGGAAAGCCACAACCUCAAGGUGGACCCUUUCCAGAAUCAUCCAUGGAAGUAGACCAAACACCAGCAGAAGAAUCAAAAAAACCAGAAAGAGAUAUGGAAAGCUUAAGUGAUGAAGAAAAAGAGCAUCAACAAAGGGUCGAAAAAUUAAUAUCAAUUUUAGGUGGUGAAGUAUCUAUAGGGCUACAAUUACAGUUCUUAAUUCGUUCCAAUCACGCGGACAUGCUGAUAUUAAAGAAUACAAAAGAUGCAAUAAGAGUAUCAAUCUGUCACACAGCAACAGUAAUUGCCAAUGCAUUUAUGCACGCUGGAACUACAAGUGAUCAGUUUUUAAGAGAUAAUUUGGAAUGGCUUGCUAGAGCCACUAAUUGGGCAAAAUUAACAGUCACUGCGUCUCUUGGUGUUAUUCAUAGAGGCCACGAAGGUGAGUCUUUAGCAUUGAUGCAGUCAUAUUUGCCAAAGGAGGCUGGACCCUCAUCUGGGUAUUCAGAGGGUGGUGGGCUUUACGCUCUUGGUUUAAUUCACGCUAAUCAUGGUGCCAAUAUCAUUGACUACCUUUUAACUCAGUUAAAAGAUGCUCAAAAUGAAAUGGUACGUCAUGGGGGAUGUUUGGGACUAGGACUCGCUGCAAUGGGUACUCAUAGACAAGAUGUGUAUGAACAACUUAAAUUCAAUUUAUAUCAAGAUGAUGCUGUAACUGGAGAGGCUGCUGGAAUUGCUAUGGGUAUGGUCAUGUUGGGGUCCAGGAAUGCUGCAGCAAUUGAAGAUAUGGUUGCUUAUGCCCAGGAAACACAGCACGAGAAAAUUUUAAGAGGUUUAGCUGUUGGCAUUUCUUUUACCAUGUAUGGUCGCCUUGAGGAAGCUGACGCUCUUGUUCAACAGUUGUUACGUGACAAAGAUCCCUUACUUCGCCGUGCUGGUUGUUAUACUAUAGCUACUGCUUACUGUGGUACAGGCAAUAACGACUCUAUUCGCACGUUGCUUCAUGUUGCCGUGUCUGAUGUAAACGAUGAUGUUCGUCGUGCUGCUGUCACAGCUCUUGGAUUCCUAUUAUUCCGUACACCAGAACAAUGUCCAUCAGUUGUGUCUCUAUUAGCUGAAUCAUACAACCCCCAUGUCCGUUAUGGAGCAGCUAUGGCUUUGGGUAUUGCUUGUGCCGGAACUGGUAAUAGGGAGGCCAUUGGUCUACUAGAGCCAAUGGUGAAAUUUGACCCUGUAAACUUUGUACGACAAGGGGCUCUUAUUGCUUCAGCUAUGAUUCUGAUCCAACAGACUGAAGCUUUAUGCCCUAAAGUAACCUACUUCCGUCAGCUUUAUGCUCAAGUUAUUAGUAAUAAACAUGAGGAUGUCAUGGCAAAGUUUGGAGCAAUACUAGCUCAAGGUAUUAUAGAUGCUGGCGGUAGAAAUGUUACGGUUUCCCUACAGAACAGGACAGGUCAUAUGAACAUGCUUGCAGUGGUAGGCAUGCUUGUUUUUACACAAUAUUGGUACUGGUUCCCUUUGGCCCAUUGCUUGUCCUUGGCAUUUACUCCAACAUGUCUAAUUGCACUUAACUCUGAUUUAAAAAUGCCACUACUUGAGUUGAAGUCCAAUGCCAAACCAUCACUAUAUGCCUAUCCUGCGCCAUUAGAAGAAAAGAAACGUGAAGAGCGAGAAAGAGUUACUACUGCAGUACUGAGUAUUGCAGCUGCUAGAGCGAGAAGACGCGCGCAUGGUUCUGAUGCCUCUUCUAGCCUAACGUCAUCAUCAACAUCGAAAAUGGAUGUAGAUGAAGAAGAAAAGAAGCCAUCCAAGUCCCCUAACCCUAACAUUACAGUUCACGGAAAAUCGGACAAAGAGCCAUCGUCUUCGAAAGAUACUAAGAAAGAAGAUAAAGAAGGAGAGGAGAAAGAGACUAAGGAAAAGAAGGAACCUGAACCCAACUUUGAAAUCCUUAGCAAUCCAGCUCGAGUUGUGCGUCAACAACUCAAAGGAGUUUCUGUAGUUGAUGGAUCCGGCUUUACGCCCUUGAAAGACGUUACUAUUGGUGGAAUAGUAAUGUUAAACCACACCGGUGAUGGUGAGCAAGCCCUUGUUGAACCAGUUGCCGCCUUUGGUCCAAAAACCGAAGAAGAAAAGGAACCUGAACCUCCGGAACCCUUUGAAUACUUAGAUGAUUAAUUCCGUGCAUAUUGAAGUUUUAAAAGUUAGUGAAAUGUAUUAUCAAUGUACAAUAAUCAUAAAAGUACACUAAUUAUUGAAUUAUAAUUUCAUUUGUGGAAAAUAAAUAACAUUUAAUUCAAAUUAU